GCGAAAGGGCCUUCCGGUUCUUCCCUUCAUGACGCCAGGAUAGCUCGACCUUCACUGAGUCCACCCCUGAAAUGCUCUCGGUUGAGCGGAACCAUAGAGCGUGAGGACAUGAGGACGAAGGCACUUCCGAGCUUUUCAAACGGAAGAAGUUUGAUUCUCCUGCGGACCUUCCGUGACAGAGGCGAAAUAGUCACAGGAAAGAGGACCGAAUUACUACUAACUUGCUUCCCUUAAUUGCUUGCUUGAACGCGUAGUUCAGGAGUCUUCCGAUUUUAUUCCCGGAACGAGGAAGUCUGGUUAUGGCGGGAUUUGUAGUUUUUUAAAUUCAUGCGUACCUUUUAUAGGAAUGGGAAAUUACGGUUUUUGGAAACUACUAAUCCCAGGAUGCUUUUCGAAAGCAGCCGUUGUCCCUGCCUAUGGUCGUUCUUGAGAAGCAGGGGACCUAGCAAUGUAGUUCUGUCCAGAGGAAGGCGAGUACAGCACAGAAUAUGGAUUGGGAGACUGCAUGAUCGGAUACCUGGUAGUUCCCAUUCCUGACGAUCUGCUCUUUUAAGGGAGCUCCUGCCUUAAAGAAACACCCUCAGCCUGGGCAGUGACUGACAGCAUGACUGUAUGGGCUCCAACAAAGGAGUGAGGUGCUUGGAAACAAUAGAGUAAAAACCGAAACAAAGGCUUGGAAAGAGGUGAGAGGACAAAGUGGGAAGUCAGGGAUGUCACAUGACUGGCCAAAGGGAGUGAGGAGGCAGUUCAAGGUCCAGGGAUAUUCCCAAAUCAGGAAACAGCGAAAGUCCCAAGAUGAAUAGAAUGAAGGUUGAUGAGGAAGAAUACUGGCACAGUUCCAAGUGUAAAGCCUUCACUUUUGAUGAUGAAGAUGAUGAGCUCUCUCAGCUGAAGGAAUCUAAGCGAGCAGUAAAUAGCCUGCGAGAUAUCGUAGAUGAUGAAGAUGACCUUGAGAAGUUCAGUUGGAGUGGGGAGCCCGUGGGCAGCAUUUCUUGGUCAAUCAAAGAGACUGCCUCCUCCAUCAGUUCCCCAGAGGGAAGUGACCUAGGCUUGCAAAAGAGCUCUUCCUCCACUGUAUCUUUCCCCAAGCAAGCCUCGUCCUACUCACUAAGCAGCUUUUUCAAAGGAAGAAAUAAGCAUGGGAGUUUUCAGUCACUUUCUGAUGCUCUCACUGACACAGGAUUUAAAAAUUAUGCUCCAGAACUGCGCAGACCAAAAGCAGAUUAUAAGGACUAUGACAGUUUCUGGAGCCCUAAAGAGACAGUAAAGCGGCUGCAAAGAGGCAAGGUCUGUUCACUGGAGAGGUUUCACUCCUUGCAGGAGAAGCUGCUGCUGCUGGACGAAGCUGUUGCAGGGCAUGAUGGCAACGUCAUUACAGCUGUUUUAGUGUUUCUGAAGAAAACCUUGAAGAAAGAGAUUCUGUUCCGAGAGCUGGAGCCGCGGCAGGUGGCCUUGCGCCAUUUUGUACAUUUUCUCAAAGAAACUGAAGACCAGAAGCUUCUCCUGGAUCUGUUGAGGUUCUUGGACAGGAUGGAGGAAGUUGCAUUGACGCAGUACCGUGAGCACCUGACCAUCAAGGAUGCAGAGAAGCGAAAAGAAUUUCUGAAAGGUUGCAUUGGGUUACCAUUUUCCUCAGAAGACUCUGGUCUUGUCCAAGAUCAUUAUACGCUCCUGGAGAGGCAGAUCAUAAUUGAAGCAAAUGACAAGCGUUUAGAAGCAUCUGGACAGACGGAGAUAUUUCGGAAACACCCACGAAAGGCCUCCAUCCUAAAUAUGCCACUGGUCACCACACUCUUCUACUCUUGUGUCUACCACUACACAGAGGCUGAGGGGACAUUCAGCAGCCCAGCAAACCUAAAGAAAACCUUUAAGAUUCCAGACAAACAGUACGUGUUGACAGCUCUGGCUGCUCGUGCCAAACUCAGGGCUUGGCAUGAUGUAGAUGCUCUGUUCACCACUAAGAAUUGGUUGGGCUACACAAAGAAGAAAGCUCCCAUUGGUUUCCAUCGGGUAGUGGAGAUCUUACAGCGGAAUAAUGCCCCUGUGCAGGUCCUACAGGAAUAUGUUCACCUGGUGGAAGAUGUGGAGACGAAGUUGAACCUUGCCAUUAAACACAAGUGCCAUGAUGUUGUUAUAGAUACAUAUAAAGACUUGAAGGACCGCCUUCAGUUGAUGGCAUAUAGAUGUAAAGUCGACCGUGGUUCUCCGGCAGAGGAAAAGAUUGAUAGUAUCCUGAGCAACCCGCAAAUCCGGUGGAAGAAUUGAGAGGUGCUCACGCAUCAUGGAAGAAGCCUUAUUUUGCUGGCACAAUAACGGUCACAAGGCAAAUUGCCAAACCUUGUGUGUUAUUUUGGACCACUGCUUAGUUUCUGUUACCUGGCACUGCCUGGAGAUCCUAGGACAGACAACAGACAAUUUCGGUAUUGGUGUUGGCCAAAAGAAAUGUUCAGCCAGUGGAAUACAUAGCAGAUAGGCUGAAGUGUAGACUGUUUGCAGUCUCAUCUUGACCACGUGAUGGAUAGGAAAACAUUGUAAAAAAGAAAUGGACUUGGUUGAAGAACCUGCUACUUCUGCUUCUUGUGGGCUACUGGUCUGUUCAUCUGAAAAAAAAAAUAAAUCCUUAUGAAAGAAGAGGCAGACCUUCCACCUCAUCCAUAUCUGAAACUUAGGACAGUUGUUGCUUUAAUAGGAAUUAACACUCCGUGCUGAGUUCUCUUCUUGUCUCCAGAAGCACAAAAAUUAACCAAGAAACCUCUGCGCCAAAACUCUCCUGGACUGGAGAGGUGUGCGUGAUGAACCUCACUCAUGUACCCUUCUCCAGGUACUUGUCUUUGAUGACUUGGACUUUCAUCAAGUGAACAUGAAGCUAUUUCCACUUGGGGCCAAUCCAGUAGUAUUACUGAACUUUCCUCCAGUGAGAGCUGAUCAAAUGAACUGGCCCUUGGCACUUCUGCCCUAAGCUGUGCUGCAGGCCUGGAUCUUUGCUCUAGACUUAAUGCUUGUUAAUCCUUCAUAUUCUGUUCCUGUAAAUAAAGCUUUGCCUCCCUGCA